AGCCGGUAGGCGGUACCUACCCUGCACUGCCCCGCCCCUUUAUCCCAGGCUCCGCCCAUUUCACCCACGGUGCCCCCCUGUCUCUUGUUUGUGCAGGACCCUAUCUCUCCCUCUCGACUUUUGACCCCCACCCACACACCCAACAGGGAGGCCUACUAGACCCCGCCCCCCUAAACCCCGCCCAAGCAUUUCUGAUCCUGCCCACAGUCCUAGCCCCAAGCUUCCCUUCUCGCCAAGACUCCACCCCAACCACCCUAGGGCUGGUCCUCGCAGUUCCACCCCUGCACCUCGAGCCUCCUUGCUCCCCAUCACCGUCGCGCUCAGGUGUUUACCUAGCACUUAGACCCUAGACGGCCACGCAGUCGUGCCGGAACGCGGUGACAUGCCCGAGCUGGUGGUGACGGCCCUGCUGGCGCCAUCGCGCCUCACUCUGAAGCUGCUUCGCGCCUUCAUGUGGAGCCUCGUGUUCUCCGCGGCCCUAGUGGCUGCAGCAGUUUACGGCUGCAUCGCUCUCACUCAUGUGUUGUGCCGGCCUCGACGCGGCUGCUGCGGCCGACCCCGGCGCACCCCACCCGCCUGCUUAAACGACCCCACGCUGGGCGAGCACUGCUUCCUGACUCUCAAGAGCUCAGGCGUGCACCUGCACUAUGUCUCUGCUGGACGCGGCAAUGGUCCCCUCAUGCUGUUUCUGCAUGGCUUCCCGGAGAACUGGUUCUCCUGGCGCUACCAGAUCCGGGAGUUCCAGAGCCACUUCCAUGUGGUGGCUGUGGACCUGCGGGGAUAUGGCUCCUCCGAUGCACCAAGUGAUAUGGACUGUUACACCAUCGACCUGCUGAUGGCAGACAUCCAGGAUGUCAUUCUGGGCCUGGGUUACUCCAAGUGCAUCCUUGUGGCCCAUGACUGGGGUGCACUCCUCGCCUGGAAUUUCUCCAUCUACUAUCCAUCCCUGGUGGAGCGGAUGGUAGUAGUCAGCGCUGCCCCCAUGUCAGUGUACCAAGACUACUCUAUGCGCCACAUCAGCCAGUUCUUCCGUUCCAACUAUGUGUUCCUGUUCCAGCUUCCCUGGCUGCCUGAGAAGUUGCUGUCCAUGUCUGACUUCCAGAUCCUGAAGACCACCCUCACCCACCGCAAGAGGGGCAUCCCACACUUGACCCCCAAUGAGCUUGAAGCCUUCCUCUAUGACUUCUCCCAGCCUGGUGGCCUCACUGGGCCUCUCAACUACUACCGAAACCUAUUCAGGAACUUCCCCCUGGAACCCCAGGAGCUGGCCACACGCACACUGCUGCUAUGGGGGGAGAAGGACCCCUAUCUUGAACAGGGGCUGGUGGGGGCCAUCAGCAGCCGUUUUGUGCCUGGCCGGCUGGAGGCCCACAUCCUUCCAGGUGUGGGGCACUGGAUCCCACAGAGCAAUGCUGAGGAAAUGCAUCAGUACAUGUGGACCUUCUUACAAGACCUGUUGAACUAGUGGCCCUUGCUCACUGGCUUGCGUGCACUCAGGAGUUCACAUGAUGUGUGUGUGUGUGUGUGUAUAUAUAUGGACACACAGGCAUGGAACUCCUCGAUUACACACAAGUGCUUCUGUGGAUGCCCUCAGGCACACCACCACCAUAUGGUCACACACAGGCAUGACUGCAUGCACGUGUGAGCAAGCACUUUGACCCUGGGAACCAGCCGUGCCUCUCUAUGGAGCUGGAUGCUGAGUGUCCUAUCUCUCCCUUCCAUGAGGUCCCACUUUUCUUGCCGAAGUCAAUGUCCAGAGCUGCACAAACCAUAAACUCUGACCUCUCUAUCCCUGGAUUCCACCUCCAGUCUGAGUCUUCAGCUAAAAGCUGCUGUGCCCAAUAUAGUACUUGUAGCCCCAUCUGGCUACUUCCAUUUAAAUGCAAAUUAAUUAAAAUUAAAUACAAUGAAAAAUGCA